AUGUCGGUCAACAACACACCCGUCUACAAAACAUACGUCUACAACAUCCCGUCAACAACACGCCUGUCAACAACACAAACGUCCACAACAAACCAGCCAACAACACACCCGUCAAUAACACACCCCACGCCCGUGAACAAGACACCCGUCUACAACACACGCUUCUACAACACACCCGUUUACAACACACCCGUCUACAACACACCCCUCAACAACAAACCCGUCAACAACACAAUCGUCAACAAUAUACCCGUCAACAACACACCCGUCUUCAACACACGCUUCCACAACACACCCGUCGACAACACACCAGCCAACAACACGCCCGUCGACAACAUACCCGUCAACAACACAAUCGUCAACAAUAUACCCGUCAACAACACACCCGUCUUCAACACACGCUUCCACAACACACCCGUCGACAACACACCAGCCAACAACACGCCCGUCGACAACAUACGCGUCAACAACACACCCGUCAACAACAAACCCGUCAAAAUCACACACGUCAACAACAAGCCCGUCAACAACACGCCCCCAACAACACACCCGUCAAUAACACACCCCACGCCCGUGAACAAGACACCCGUCUACAACACACGCUUCUACAACACACCCGUUUACAACACACCCGUCUACAACACACCCCUCAACAACAAACCCGUCAACAACACAAUCGUCAACAAUAUACCCGUCAACAACACACCCGUCUUCAACACACGCUUCCACAACACACCCGUCGACAACACACCAGCCAACAACACGCCCGUCGACAACAUACCCGUCAACAACACAAUCGUCAACAAUAUACCCGUCAACAACACACCCGUCUUCAACACACGCUUCCACAACACACCCGUCGACAACACACCAGCCAACAACACGCCCGUCGACAACAUACCCGUCAACAACACACCCGUCAACAACAAACCCGUCAAAAACACACACGUCAACAACAAGCCCGUCAACAACACGCCCGUGUUUGAGGAGAAGAGAGACCAACCACAGCUGGGAAUCAUCACGGUGGAGCCACUUUUUACUGUGCCAUCGCAAUGGGACCGUGUGGUGACUGUGCCCCUCUACAACCCCCAUGUCCCUGUCGUCGAUAUUCUCACCUUCCUUGCCAGGUACGUCGUCAAGGUUGGGAACGGCACCAAGGUCAAGAACACCCUAGGAUUUAACCAAAAAAGGCCAGGUCAAGGUGACACUCAAGAUGGAUGGUAA